CUUUUAAAAUAUAUUGAACCCUCGCUUACAGCUACAGCACGACUCUUCAGCCUUCCGUUAUUGCUGUGAUCACCACCUAUCAACUCUUGUUCAUUUAGAUCCUGCAUAAGACGACCGGACCAAGGGAAAUGAAGACAACAACCGUUUGGUGUUUAGUAAUUGCUAUCUCAGUGUUAGCCGUUACCGAGUCCUCAAAAAGAAAUUCCACUGAGGAAUCGCCAAAUGAAGGGAAAAAAUUUCUCUGGGACGGACCUACCGCUUCCGCUUUUUUCGUUGAAGGCAAGCGUCCAGUUGGCCUUCCUGACAUUAAUCGAGGAAAAGAUAUCCAACAAGGAACACCCCCUUCUUUCGUUUCUCUCUUCGAUCCAUCCACAAACACUCCUUUUUACUCAGCCUACAGAGUUUUACCUGAGCAGGCAAAGUACAUUGGCACGAAUUCGAGGCCAAAUGCAAAGUGGAGGAAUCCUCCCGGUGUUUCUGGUCUCAACGAUGCUUAUAAACAAGCCAACCGAGAAGCUCAAAACAAGUAUGGGGAUCAACUUACCAGAGGCCAUAUGAAUCCCUCAGGUAUCAACUCCUUUGACAAAACUUACAUGAAGAAUACUUUCACUCUUGCGAAUACUGUACCUCAGUUUAAGGCAUCAAACAGCGGACCUUGGAACGAUUUUGAGAAUAAGAUAAAAGAAUAUGCCAAAACUACCUGUGGGAACAAAACUCGCCAAGGAACCCUUUACCUACUGACAGGCAGAUCCGAAAAUGGCCUCAAAGACGUCCCGAAGCCGUCCAUUACCAACACAUUUACUGUAAAAACUAAAACAUUAAGCCUUGAUACUCCUCAGGCUGUUUGGACGGCGGGAUGCUGUGUGUGGAAGGUGACCGGAAAACCAACUGAAGAGGCCGAGUCCUUUGCAGUGAUGAGCAACAAUCACUAUGACACAAACCAGCUACACCAGACAGAAAUGAGCGUAAACGACCUAGAGAAGCGCUUGAAGGCAGCAGCAUCGAAAGCGAAAGUGGAUUUGUUUCCAGGAAAUACAAAUUGUGCUCGAAACUACCAUCCCCUACCAUGAGAAAUCGUCGAGAAAUAAAUACUGGGAACAGGCUAUAAGCAUUCUAAAGAAACUGUUCUAGAAACUAUCAUAAAAACGAAACAAAAAAAUCCUUCCUUUGAUCAUAGACCACAGUAAAACAUGCAUGUAACACCCUAAUUUAAGACGAAUAAUAAAUGGAGGUUAGCAUUUCAAACUGAUAAAGUAAAAGCGUACUUGCCAUAGGCCUCGAGUUAGGCAAUGAAUAAUUGUAUUUAUUGCAGCAAGAUAUCUUUGUUGAUUGUGCAAUAAAAUAACCUUUAAUUGCACGA